AUGGUCAAGGGCGAAAUCCUCACUCUCGGCGCCGCUGCCAGCGCAAUUGGCGGUGCGUACAAACUCACCGAGUUCCUGUACAAGGCCAAACGCAUGCGCGAUGUUGGGCCUUCGAACGCCGUCUAUGUGCGCAUCAUCGGGCGCGUGCGUGCCGAUCUCGAUGAGGUCCGUCGCCUGCUCUCGGUGCGUCAAGUCCACGACGCCCUCGAGUCCAACCCCGACAAGUCCAAAUGGGUCUACGGCGCCAUGCGCGACGUUCGCGGCGCCCUCGAGAACAUGGCGCCCCAUACCGAGCGCGUCGCCGGCGACGUCGAGGACGGCCGUCGCAUCGGUGUCCGUCAUCGCGUCUACUGGCUGCUCAGCGAGAAGGAGAAGCUCGAGAACCGCGAGAAGGAGCUCAACAUUGCGCAUGCCAGUCUGUCAGAGGUUCUCGGCUACCUGACGAGCCUGGAGCCCAUCAAGGAGCCGCACAAGCCCAAGGCCAAGACGACCAAGAAGGAAACCCACGUUGACAUUGACAUCCAUCGCGAGCCGCCCCAGCACACGACCGAGAAGAUGGAGCGCGAGGUCUACAUGGACCACCGCGAUGCUGCUCCACGCCGUGUCGUCGAGGAGCACCGCGACGUGUGGGUCGAGCGCGAUGACCAGGCUCCGCCCGCCGCCCGUUAUGAGCAGCACCGCGAUGUGUACAUGGACGAACGUCACCAGCACGCUCCCCCUCCGCCCCCGCCGCCGCCGCACUUUGACGAACACCACCAGCAUGCCGCUCCCCGUGAUCACCGUUACGAGACCCAGUACGACGAGCGUUACGAGCAGCACGACCACUACACGCGCCAGGCGCCCUACCCACAGGAAGACCGUCCACUCUAUCCCGAGGUGCGUGAGCCCCCGCAACACCAUGCUGUCCCACCACCAUUCCCCCAGCCCCUAGGCCGCCGUCCCGAGUCGUUUGAAGACCGUCUCCCUGAACGCGAGACGUGGAUGCAGAGCGAAGUACAGCGCAACACGCGUCCGGCCGCGCCACAGAACCCAUACGGCGAGUAUGCGGAAUAUGGCGCCCCGCAGCCCAUUGGCGCAGCACACUAUCAGCUGCCCCUGGGCCGCGACUAUGAGCAACGCGAGCAAUGGAUCGAACAAAAGGAGGACUAUAGGUUUGAUCAGUAUGGCAAUAGGCUGCCUGAUCGCUACUUUCAACCCCGUGUCCCCAGACCCUAUCGCAGCCGCAUGUAA